AUGAAACGCCAAAAACGGAGGCGGGGCCAGCCGGCUGCACCGUAUAAAAGAGGCGCGCCUCAUCUGAAUCCCUCAGUUUCGAAUUCUAAUCUUCUGUCAACCGUCAUGCCUUGCUGUAAGUUUUCAGAGUAUCUCCGUCUUCGGAUUCGCUUUUAGCUUUGGAGCCGGAGUUUGUUUUACGAGAGCUAGGCUUAUUUUUCUAGAACAUUGAGCUCUAGUCUAGUUAAAAUUACUACUUUUUGAUUAUCUUUUUAUACCUAAAACAUCUUGAGGUUAUUCUAGGAUAAUUUAUAAGUAGAACUUCUUUUACUCACCAUUAAACAAUAUAGAACUAGAAAGUCAAUUUAAAAUAAAAAAUAGUAUUUCUAGUACUUAAAUUUAUUGCUCAUAUUAAUGUAAAUGUUAAUUUCCCCACCUUUCAGACUCUGACCAAGAACCAGCCCCAGCCACCGCUGAAAAGAAGUGCUGUGCCAGCGAAUGCUGCAAAGCUCAAGGCGAGGAGAAGUGCGAAUGCACGGAUUGCAAAUGUUGUAGCGGAGAAGAAGCCGAAGCUCCCAAGGAAGAAAGUGCUUGA